AUGCUUGCACACAUAGAAGUUAUUGCAAGGUGUUCGAGGCCUGCACUUAGGAGAAAAGCGGGUUUGAGAAGUUUAAGAGUUGUGAAAACAAUAAGUAUUCAAAAUAGACACAAAGGUACACUACAGAAGCCUGUGAAAACGCAGAAGGAGAUGAUUGAGGAGCUAGGAAAGUAUAUUAGCAGCAGAGAGCACGAUAAGGAUGGAUAUUUCAUCCAGAAACCAAACUACACAGGAAAAGACUUUGAAAAUUCAUCAUUUAUGAAAUACAUGAGACAGGCCGACAAAGAAGGGCUCCAGUUGGUUGAUGAGAAGUUGCAGUUGUUAGCCAAAGCAAGCGGGGUUCCGGUGGAAGAGUUACAGCAGAAGUUAACGGAAAAAGUGAGCAUGAGGCUAGAUGAGAUUAAAAAUUCCAAUAAGAGUGUGUUGAACACGAUUGAAGACUUCAAGAAGAACUUAGGCAGCAUUGCCGAGAGUAAGAGCAAUGUCGUAGAUGAUAUUUUAGCGUCGUUGCGGUAUUAUGGCGAGCAGUUCGAGAACAGUGAGCUCUUUGAGUAUUUGAGUCACGUGGAUGAAAAGUUUGCGGAUUUGGUUAGCGAAACGAUGAAAAUGGAGAAAGCAUCACCCGCGAGUGUGGCAAAGUUGCAGAGUUAUGCAGACAGCGGUAGCCCAAUAAGCAGGCUAUCAGAGAAGCAGGUGAAGGUGCUUGCAAACUUGAUUCACUACGGAAAAGCAGAUGUUGACGAGACCAUUUCUGGAAGUGGAAACAGUGAGAUGAGGAAAUUUACAGAGGAGAGAGAGAAGAACAUUAAGGACACAACGCAGUUGGUGAGGGCAAUGCUUGCGCACUUUAAUGCGGCCCCAACUUUGGAAUUGUCGCCCUUGUUUCGUUUUUUCCGCAAGAUCGACUUCAAGUUUUCAGAAUUGAUCUCGGGCUACAGCAAUAUCGAUUCGGAGGACACAGAGGCACUAGAAGCGUUUUUCAAGCGGCUCGUGCAGUAUGCGGCAAACAAAUCGACGCCUCUCCGGACUGUUCUUGAUGACAAAACGUCCGAAACUUAUCAGAAAUUCCAAUCUUUGACGGAAGCACCACUUCCGAUCAGUCUAGGCGAUAUUUACGAGUGCCUCGAUGCUCGCCGAGAUGUUUCCAGCUCCCCGGUGUUUGUGGAAUUGCAGCGUGUUGAUCCAAAGUUCGCCACAUUGCUGCAGAAACGGGCAGGUGAAUCAAUGCAGAGCGACGCGUCGAUCGGCGCUAACCAGAUUGAGGACUACUUGAAAGACGAGAAAAACGCCAUUUGCCAGGCUCUGGCCGACGUGGACUGCCAGGACUAUCGUCUUCUUCGGGGCGCGGUUGCCAAGGAGCAGAAAUUGUUGGAAAAACGCGUUUCUGCAAAGGCGAUGGCUGAGGUUUUGUUACAGAAGGGCACAGACAGUGAGGAGUUCCGACUCGUUGCGACGAUCGACCCGGAGUUUGGCCGGGCUGUGCAGCCUUUGCUGGGAAAAACGCGGGACGGGGACACAGCAGAGAGGGCGGAGACAAUCGUCGCGUCGAUCGACGCAGACCCUGCGUCGGCGAUCCACCGGGCGUUGCACAACGUGGAUGACGAGCACUGGGGGUCACUUGUGGAGGCAGUGCAGCCGGAUGUGUCCCCCUCCGACCGGAAAAACGCAGAAGCAGGCAUGAGUGAGAAAUUGGACAGCGCAGAAAUGCAGAAAUUCAAGCAGGAGGACCAAAGUGCGUUGGACUCGGAUGUUGUGGGGAUCAACAACGCGUACGAGCUUGUUUUCCAGGCGUUGGACAACCUGACGCGUGAGAUACGCGAAAAUCAGAUGGAUCCGGUGGGUCCUUCGGUAGUUGAGCGGGUUGCAAAGCUUUUGAGGCUAAAUCCAUCAGAGCAGCAAAAACAAGAAGCUGAAGACAUCUUGGAUCUACCGCUGCCUUCACACAAGGAUGAGGUGCUUGAGUUGUGUGUGAACUUGAUCAUGAAGAACGGCAAGAAGGACCAGGCACGCAAGUUUGUGAACCGGGCUCUUUAUCUCAUCUACUUGAAGACUAGAAGCAACCCGGUCGAUAUUCUCAAGAGUGCAUUGGACACAGCGGCGCCUUUGGUGAUUACCAAGACUGUCAAGACGGGAUUCGCCAAGAAUUUCAUUGUUCCGGUGCCGCUCACCUCGAGGCAAAGAAACCGUAUGGCAUUUCUUUGGAUUUUAGACUCGAGUGAUUCCAGAGCUUCCAACGACUUUUCCGUGCGUUUGGCCGAGGAAAUCCUCAAUGUUAGUGAGGGCAACUCUCGGAUUAUGGAGAAGAAGGCACUUAGCCAUAAGCUUGCUAUUGCCAACCGGUCCUACUUGCGGAUUUGA